GUUAAAAAUCUUCUGAUUGGUUAAUAUAAUAAUACUAUUUCUUAUAUUAACCAAUCACACGUAUUUCGUGAACGAAAAUAAUUCGAGCAGACGAUAUGUAAAUAAAAAAAAUUACCGCUAUUUAAUGGAAAUAUAUAAAAUUAAUAUGACAUUUUAAAAGACUAACACAUUCCAUUAAAUAUCGAAGGUAAACUUAUUCGAAUAAAAGAAUUGAAAUUGAUGUUUUUUGAACUGAAAUGAACAAAUUUAUGAAAGUUUUGGUGUCAAUUUCGAAUUAAAGAUGACUAAAACUGUUGAAGAAAGUAUAAUUUCAUUAGAAACGGCUGUACUGAACGAAACUAAAGAUUUAGAAAAAAAUUUACAAGCUGAAAAACAGAAAAUACUUCAUCUACAAAAUGAAUAUAAUAUACUACAAAAAGAAACUGAAAAAACACAAGAAGCAAUAACAAAACUAGAUGAACAGACAAGAGAAGUCUACAGAAAAUUUACUUCUUCAAGAGAGAAAUGUAAUGAUUUAAAACAAUUAAUGCAGUGUAUAGAAAAUCAUGAAAGUGAAUUAAACAUAAAAUUGACAAAUGAAAUAGAAAAAGGAAAAUAUGAAAAUUUGCAAUACAGUCAAGCAUUAGAUGUCUAUCAAAACAAAUGGAAUAGUUAUCAAGAAAUUUAUGAGCAACAUCCUCUAAUACCUGCAUUACAGAUUAAGCAACAACAACUUAAAGAGAGUGAAGAGAAAUUACAAAAACUUCAGUCUCAUUUAAAAGAGCUUCAAAAUGAAUCUUUUAGAAAAAAGUGUAACAUUAAAAGUAAGACAGCUGAUAAUGUCAUUUAUUAUGAUUUAAAAAGUUACAUUAUAGAAUUAAGCAAGUUGAAGAAAGAGACAUUUAAUAAUCAAAAGAAUAUUUUGACCAUUCACAAUGAAAUUCAAAAACUAACUAAUAUUGCUAAACAAAAACAGGAUAUUAUAUUAAAUAAUACCUCAAAUGAAAUGAAACAACCAAACAUUGCUAGCCAAUCUGGUAGUUCAUAUUUUCAAAAAUCAAUACAGCAUGAAUUACAAACAAAAACAGUAUCAUUUCAAACACCUAAAUUGAAAUUUUAUAUCCCACAAUUUAGUUCAACACCAAGUCUAGAACAAUAUCAACACCAAGAAAGUCAAUACCAUAAGAAUUAUCAAAAUCUUGACUCUAGAUCAUGUACCAAAAUGACUCCAGACCAUGUACCAACUUUGCAGCAGUUUGAUGAUUCUAAUCAGAACUUAGUAAUUGAGAACAAACUAGCUUCAAGUCAGACAAGUAAGGAAGAUAAUUUUCAAAGAAAUGAAAGUUUAGAAAAUCAGACAUGGCAAAAUUCUUCUGAAACAUCUUCAAUUGAUUUUGAAUUUGAUAGAGAAACUAGUUUUGUCCCUUCAGUAAAAUCUCCUGGAUUUUCAUACAAUUCAAGGUUUAUGUUCACUCCCAAUAAAGCAAACGAAAGAUCUGACAAAAGUUUUGAUCUUUCAUUAGGUCCAGGUACUUUCCAAACACCUAAUUAUCAAGAUGAUUCAGGAAUUUCUCAACAAGCUGAAUCAUUAUCAUUACUUAUGAAGACUAAUAAUCAGUCAAGCCACCAGCCCUUUUUAUUUGCUCAGUCUCCUUCAACUGAUAAUAAUCCUUUUUAUGCUUCAAUUUCUCUAAAUAACAGUUCUGUUUUCAGUUUGUUUGCAAAUACAGAAGGUAAUAAUGAUAAUACUGCAAUAUUAGAUUCAUCAAACUUUGCAUUUAAUUUCAAUAAAGAAACUUCACCUGAUCAAAACUCUUNGACGAAAAAAAAAUUUAAGAUAUCUUCAUAUUGA